GUAACAAAGACUUCUCUUCUCUCUGGGCUGUCACUCUUGCACCGGUGCACAUCUGAUCCGGAAUCAGAGGAAGGAUUGGAUUUUCUACUCUGACCCCUCCAGUCUCUUUUGGCCACAGAGCAGAAUCCAGAAGAUGUUGAGGCGAAAGCCCUCCAACGCCUCCGAGAAGGAGCAGGUGCCGGGCCAGAAAAAGAAGCUGACUCUGCAAAGGUCCAGCAGUUUCAAAGACUUCAUGAAGCACAAGCCAUCCUCUCCUGUGGUGCCGGAACCAGACCCCACCUUUGAUGAGGCACUGUUCGAGGGAGCAGGCCACGAAGACACUGGAAAAAGCAAACCAGGGAAGUGGAGGAAAAUAAUCAACCGCACCAUGACUCGCAAAACAUCCAAGAUGGUACAGAAGGCACUGGCAGAGGAAGGAUUGGACAGUGGCGAGGACGGACCCGCGUCCCCAGUGUCCAAUGACUGGUUCCCUAAUAUGACUCCAGGACAGCGUACCUCUGUCUGCUCCACUGGCUCUGGGGACACCUUGCACAGUCCUGUCUCUCGACAGAUCUCAGGAUGUGGGGACAGGCAAAGUCUGGACAGCGGCUACAGCCAGCGAGACAGCAUGAAGCUGGACGAUGCCACCGGCGCCACAUACAACGGGCCCUUCUGUGGCAGAGCCCUCGUGCACACAGACUUCACCCCCAGCCCCUACGACUUUGAGUCCCUGAAACUGCAGAAAGGCGACAUCAUUCAGAUCAUUGAAAAGCCACCGGCUGGCACUUGGACUGGUAAACUUAAUAACAAAGUGGGCACCUUCAAGUUCAUCUAUGUGAAAAUCUUGCCCGAGGAGAGCACUCCUGCCAAGAGGAAGCGUUUCUCCAGCCAGGACCGCCGCAACAAACCCAAACCCAAAACCCUGGAGGAAGUCCUCGAGAGAAUCGGCCUAACCGAGCUGGGCAACUUGCUGUCUAUGCAAGGCUUCCAGUCUCUGGAGGACUUUGGGGGCUUAAAGGAGUCUCACCUGAAUGAGCUGAACAUCACAGACCCUGAGCACCGCACCAAGAUACUGACACUCGUGGAUCUACUGCAUGACUAUGGGGAUGAGUCUGAUGUCGAGGAAGAGGAGAAGACAGAAGAGAAUCCUGAGGUUCCACGGGACUCUGGGUGUUUCGAGAGCACUGAGAACCUGGAGAACGGUCGUGAUGAACUGGAAACUGAACCGCAGGCUGAAUCGAAACCCGAACUGGAGACAGAGCAAGAGAGCGAGAUCAAUGAUGUGCAGGAGCAGCUGCAGGACUUGGUCCUGGAGGAGGGUUCCUGAACAACGGGCCUUUAGAACCUUCUACUAUAACUUUCCAGCAAUUUCCUGCUGUCUUCCAGAUGGAAACGUCAUGCUCAUCACAAGUGCUGCAUGUAAGAGCUGAAACUAUGCUGAGAUGAUGUUCUCAUCAAUACUCUGAGAAAUCCUGAUUUCUGCCAGCCACUGAGCAAAGCUUUGAGAUGGCACUGUGGUUUUUCGAAGGUGUGAACAUGAAAGUAACGUAUGUAUUAUGCAAUUUCUGAAGGGUACAAUUGUAUAGGCUUCACCCCAACCUUAAACUGAUUGCAUUUUUCUGUUUGUCUGAUAGACGUGUGUGUCUCAUAUUUUAGUUACUCUCUUCUGAAGUCAUAUAUGUGUAUUUUCUGUCACUGAUUGUGUCAUUGUUUUUUUAUAUUUCAAAGCAUAGGAACAUAUUUUCAGUGUUUUAAUUACUUUUCUGCAGUCUAUAUCUUCUAUUACAUAAAAGAACUGCUUCUUAUUGAAUGUGAACAUUGUUCAUGAACAGAGUAAUGGACAUGCUUUGUUUAAUUUCCCCUACUUGGACGCUAUAAAGCAGAACAUUCUGUACAAAGCCGAAUAUUGACUUCAGUAAUCAAUAUGGUGUGUCAUUUGUUUUGUUGAUUGUAGAGGGUGUCUGGUAAACUGUAAGUGUCAUUUAGUUUCUAAUGAAAGUCAGUCCAGUUUUAAAGGUUAACAAAAAUAAUGAUUGUAAUUUACUGGAUUCUGUUUGUCUUCCCUCUUGUGGAAUAUUACCUUUUAAUAAAAAGUAUAAAACUCCCA